AAUCAUUAACCUCCCUGGCGGUAUGAUUAUUUCAGAUUUUUGCUCGGAGUAAAGUUUCAGUACCACAAGCGGUAACCCCGAGCUACACUCGGGAAUACCAUGCGGCGUUGCUCCACGAUCCCUCGAUCACUUACCUUGUCCUGCGCUCCCGCGAUUUCCCUCCUGCAGUGUCCCCGGCAAUGUCCUCCAGCGGAUGCCAUCAUCUGUCAUCUGGGUUCCGUCCCCUGCGUGCGUCGGGACGUACAGGGGAUGGAACGGCGGGAAAUUUGAAAAUUACAAAAAGUGACAUUCACUAAAUACACUAAAAUCACAUAGUAAAACAUUACUGUAUCAAACCAUUUCACAUACAU